AUGAGGGAACAUCUAAUCAAGGGGGCAGGGGAGGAGGAGUGGGAGUGGGGGCGUACGAAGGAGAAAAGGAGGUUUUACAAGAUCCUUCUCUGGUUCACAAAAGUCAGCGACACGGGCGCUUCUCUCCAGAACAAAGAAACCACGGCCCAUUCACAAAAGGGAGAUAAAGAGAGAAAGCUGAAUAAAAGAACGAGAGAAAUGGGAAAAAAUGAGAGAGAGAAAGAGGGAAAGAGCCCUGUUUCGCCUGCAGCUUCAGCACCCGACCAGGGUCCCGCGCAGCGAGGUGGGACAGCCGUGCGCGCUGGAAUGUGCCGGCGCGGUCCCCAGGGCACGCCUCGCGGGAGUCCGGCGCUCUCGGUUCCAGAUGCUGCCACCAUUCUCGGGGAAGUGGGAGACGCUGGGCCAGAAGCCACGACCGUUCCAAUAUCGGCCGCAGCGCGGGGAGGGGAAGUGGGGACACCACUGGAGGAGGUGAAGCCGUCCAGUUCAAGGCCCCCGGGCCGGGAAAGGGCGAGGGAGCUGGGCCUGGAGACCCGGAUCCAGCAUCCAGGUGACCUCCAGGCCCGGCCAGGCUCUGGAGGACACUUUGGACAGGGGGAGGGGUUUGGCUCCGAGGCCGAGGGAUCUGGCCAGGGAAGGAAGUUCCGCACCCGCCCGCAGACUGCCCUAGCAAGCCCGCCGCCAACGCCCCUGCUCCUCUGCGACCCUCGGACCCAUAGCCUCUUUUCCCGCGGCGCGGGCUUUCAGUUUCCGGGUCCCCCGGGCGUGCUGGGCCCGUGCCCGCUCUCGGGAGCCAACGUCUGGGCACCACGCAGCGAUGUCCGGAUGCAGCUCCCUUGCCGCGGGCCUGACCCCGCCAGGCGCCGGGGUCCACGCUCCACCGCCGCUGAGGGGCGUUCGGGCGCCACCGAGCAGCCCAAAUUGAAACCCCGAGAGGAUCGGGACUGAAGCUGGAGGGGGCCCUCUCUGGGAUGGUGUAAACUUACUCAACUUCAAAUGCAGCCCAGUAUCCUGCCCUAUGUUCCAGAGGACCAUUUUCCACAUGAAAAGUCUUACCGAUACACAAACUUCACUCAAACCAAUGUCAAGUUUUCAUUGCAAGAAAGUAGCAGCCGUGU